AUGCUAUCUGCAAAACACGACGUCAAGCGUGGUGAUUUGUGUUCUACAUGUGUUAAUACAUUCGAUGCGUUGAUCUAUUUUGUGAUUCAGGGUAUUAUGGACUUGGGUAUCAUAACAACAUGUGAUGAUCUAUGUUCAUAUGUUACGAAAAAAUCGGAAUCACCAUAUUUAGAAGCUAUUUGUUCGAUUGCUUGCGAUGUUGUUGGAAUAAACGAGUUUAUCCGCAUAGCAACAAAGGUCGAUCUUGAUCCAAUUUAUUUCUGUGAAUUAUUAACACUUUGUCCAGUUAAUGAUCAUGGUGAUGCAAAGAUUCAAGCAUUUGUUAUUUCACCACCACAUGCUACGGCUUCGACAAAAUUUGUCUUUGAUUUAACUUUUCAAUCGAUGAAUGGAACUGGUACAGGUCAAUUGUUGUACACCAUUCAUCCGGUCGAUGAUCUUAGAAUUUCAUCGUUCCUUCUAAUUGAAGAAAAAAAACCAGGUUUAUAUGCUGAACGUUUCACUGUUGAUACGACUCCUGAUCCCGAUUGUGUAUCUGACAUUACGCCUUGUGAACUAUGGAUGCCUGGAGUUUACAAUAUUACGGUUAUGAUUUGCAAUGGAGAAUGUAAUUCACAUCAUCCUCACAGUCAGACUUAUGACACAGUCAAGAGUUCGUUUCAAAUUGAUUGA